GGGUAUUUCCUGCUCUCACCAAGGGUGUUGUCUUGUUAUUCUUCCUGAGUUUCUUGACAGCAGAUGCUUCCUCCUGGCACAGCUUUGGAGCCAGUAGAUACUGCUCCAUUCUUUUAAGACAUAGCAAUGAAAGUUCCUCCCUGUAUUCUCUUGUGCUGUCCAGCAGCAUCCCCUCUUGCACCAUGCUCCAGUCCUGCUCAGGUCAGGGUUUCCUCUGGGGCCAGCUGUGCACAGCCACAGCACCCCUGGCAGAGCCUGCUGCGCAGCCCAGACACACCUUCAGAGUGAGGGAGGCUAGAAAUUGAUCCUGGGGAAAUCCAAAUGUCUGGGAGUUGGCGUAGGAGCUGUUGAGCUUUCUCUUUCCCAGCUACCUGGUAGAGAGCAGCCAGGCCCCCAGACUUUUCUAUGCUAGAUGCUUUCAAGGAGCCAGCUUCUCCCUGGCUCCAAGCUUUUUGCAGCUCCAUAUGCUCAGUUUUGGGAAGUGGGUAUUGACAGAGCUGUGGGCUGCACAUGCCCAGGUAUUCCCUGGGUGCACUCGUGGCACUGCCAUGGCUCUGGCGAGAUGUUUGCUUGUUCAGCAUCCUCAAUUGUACCCCAACACAUCUUUUGUGGAGUUUCUUUGUGUGUCAGCACUUCCUGCUGCCCCACAGAAGCUGCCUUGCAGGAGAGCAGUUUGCUUAGCUGGCCCAGUCUCCAGCAGCAUUUUAUAUCCUUUUGCAGGCCAAUGUGCCCCUAAAUCACCCACAUCUUGGCUCCUCUGUCUCUGGAAUGCAUUCAUUAUGUGAGCACCCAGACAGUUCCUCCUGCAGUACCCUGUGUUUCUAUCUUGAGACAUACCACAUCGUCCAUGAGAGAUGCUGGGAAGGGAAGUGGGCAGUGUGGGUGGAGGACACAUUCAAAGGCAACCUGACUCUCUUUGCCGUCACACCCCCAGCAGCUGGGUGCUUACUUCCCACAUGCUCCUGCAGCCGAGUUUCUGGAUGAGAGAAACAGGUCCUGCGGAAAGUCCAGAAAUUUUGGGAGACGCCUGGGUGACCGCAGAUAGGAGAGAGCUGGGAGAUCCUUGCCAGGAUCUCACUGACCCCCUCUCCCUGGUCACCCUGGGUAGGUCCAUGCGGGUUAGGUGUCCUUCACCAGCGGCACAGCCGACCCCACGCUGCCUGCUGCCCUCCGGCACCGCCGCCCGCGUGUGAGGAACGGGUUCAGGUUACGGCCUCGUACAGAAAUGAGUGGGGCUGCGGGACUCCAAUGAGGUUUCUGGUGCCGCGGCCAAGGUGUAUUAAAGGGCAGUGCGCGGGCGGCUGCGGGCUCCGGCAGUGUCCCCGGGCAUGGCGGGCCCGGGCAGCGACGGGGACCUGCGGCGCCUGCUGAAGCUGCACCGCACCGAGAUCGCCAUGGCAGUGGACGACGUCUUCCCGCUGCUGCAUGGCCUGGCUGACCACGAUGUCGUCCCUGACCACAUCUUCAAGGAGACGCUGAGCCGGACGGAGCGGGAGGGCUCCCACCGCGCUUUCCACGCGCUGCUCACCUGGCUGCUGGGCCGCGACACUGCCGCCGUCCGAGACUUCUGGGCCAUCCUCUUCAAGGACUAUAACCUGGAGCGGUACUCCCGACUCCGGCCUCUCCGCGGUGCCUUCCCCAGAGAGGUGGAGCUGGGUCGGCAGCGCCGUGGAAGGCGUCUCUCCCCGAGCCCCACAGCACCGGCCCCACACAGACCCCAAGGCAAGAGGAAAGCCCCUGAGGAGCGGGACAAGGCCCGGGCGGCACAGCCCGCUCCACGGCACAAUGCCAGUCCUGGGCCCCUGGUGAAGGCAAAGACUGUGAAGAAGCCGGAGGGCACAGAUACCCCCCGCACCUCUCGUGCCAGCGCUCUCCAGGCAGUGGCUGCCUCAGUGCAGAGAGCGGUGGCUGGGGCAGGUGGUGAGGUGCCCGUCAGCCGUGGGGCCAUCGAGGGCAUCCUCAUUAAACACGUUCUGGAUCCAAGCAGCUCCAAGACAGGCAGCAGAGCUGGUGACAAGCCAUAUACCCCAGGUGCCUGUGAGGAGCCAGAGGCCAGGAGCAAAAGCCACAGCCUGAAGCCCCCCACCCAGCCCAAGGCAUGCCAAAGUGUAGAUACCCCCCCCCUCAGAUGUUUUCACCCCCAUCUUGUGCAGCUGUCAAGGCUGUGGCAGGGGGUUCAUCUGCAUGGCAUCAUAGCCAUGGCCUGGGUGGAUCCCCCAGUGCAAGCAGUGCCUCUCCAAACUCCUUCUUGUCUCACCAACAGAACAGGGAACCCCAAUUGCACCCCCAGGGCCAGCUGCAAGCAGCCACUGUCUACAGCCAGGACCCUGUGCCCCACCAGGACCUUGCCACAGCCAUGGCUUCAGCCCAUGAAGGUGGCAGUGACACCCUGCCCACUCCCCCGGGGGCAGGAGAAUGAGGAUGAGUGUGCAGCAUGCGGUGAUGGCGGUGAGCUCAUCUGCUGUGACGGCUGCCCCAGGGCCUUUCACCUUGCCUGCCUGGUGCCCCCACUGCCCCACGUCCCCAGCGGGACAUGGCGAUGUGGCUCCUGUGUGGAGAAUGUGACUGAACCAGGCCAGCUGCUGGAGGCAGACUUGCCUGUGGAGAGACCCGCCGAGAUGCUGGGGGAGGCGGCGCGGGACACCCAGCCGGGUGGGGUGGAGGGAAGCAUCUGCAGCCGCUGCUGCACCCGGAUCCCCACUCCCCACCACUGUCCUGCUCCCAGUGGGGACCCCAGGGGGCUUCAGCUGUGCAUGUCCUGCACGGGCACCCUGGACACAGGCAGUCUGGGCACUACUGCAGCAGCUGGAGACCAACUGCUUCCAGCAGCCAAGGUCAGCACAAGCAGUGCCAGGAACGGGGUGAGAGAGGAAGAGUGGGGCCUAAGGGGAGCAGGAAGGUGGAGGUGGGUCAGGCAGUGUGAGGGACAGACAGGCUGACACCACAUGGAGGCAAGUUAGUGAAGCUGUAAUGGGGGAGCAUGAGCUGGGCCCACACCAGGUGAGGGACUGAACAUGAGCAAGCUGAGGGCAGCAAGGGAGCUGGCAGGACAUCUCCCCACACACAGGCAGAGGAUGCAGCUCUUGGCAGUGACCCUGUGCUGAGCCGGGAGGAGCUCGAUGCGCUGCUAGGUGAGGUAAGACUCUGUGUGACACCAACAGGCAGAUUCCAUGCAAAGGGGACCAUGUCUCUGGUGUGGCCCACAGGGUGACAUAGGGCUGUGGGUCAGGCAGCAU